CCUGUCCUUCCUCCUCCUAGAUCGAUCCAGUCCUCGGCACGGUUGGCUUCGGCUCCGGCCUGCAUGGCUGGGCUUUCACCUUGAAGCAGUUUGCCGAAAUGUACGUGGCCAAGUUCGCGGCCAAAGGCGAAGGGCAGCUGAACCCCGCCGACCGUUCCAAAAAGGUGGAAGACAUGAUGAAGAAGCUCUGGGGAGACAGGUAUUUCGACCCUGCGACUGGCAAGUUCAGCAAGUCUGCAACCAACCCCGAUGGAAAGAAGCUACCAAGGACUUUCUGCCAGCUGAUCCUAGACCCCAUCUUCAAGGUAUUCGAUGCAAUCAUGAACUUCAAGAAGGAAGAAACAGCCAAACUGAUCGAGAAGCUGGACAUCAAGCUGGACAGCGAGGACAAAGGGAAGGAAGGCAAGCCUCUGCUGAAGGCUGUGAUGAGACGCUGGCUCCCUGCAGGAGAAGCUUUGCUACAAAUGAUCACCAUCCAUCUGCCUUCUCCGGUCACGGCUCAGAAAUACCGCUGUGAGCUGCUCUAUGAAGGCCCCCCCGAUGAUGAGGCUGCCAUGGGCAUUAAGAAUUGUGACCCAAAAGGACCCCUGAUGAUGUACAUCUCCAAGAUGGUGCCCACCUCUGACAAGGGCCGUUUCUACGCCUUCGGUCGGGUGUUCUCGGGAGUUGUGUCCACUGGACUCAAAUGCAGGAUCAUGGGACCAAACUACACGCCAGGAAAGAAAGAGGAUCUCUACCUGAAGCCAAUCCAGAGAACCAUCCUCAUGAUGGGCCGCUACGUGGAGCCCAUUGAAGAUGUGCCUUGCGGUAACAUCGUAGGCCUGGUUGGCGUCGACCAGUUCCUGGUCAAGACGGGCACCAUCACCACCUUUGAACACGCCCACAAUAUGCGCGUCAUGAAGUUCAGCGUCAGCCCCGUCGUGCGUGUGGCGGUGGAGGCCAAGAACCCAGCCGACCUGCCCAAACUGGUCGAGGGCUUGAAGAGGUUGGCUAAGUCUGACCCCAUGGUGCAGUGUAUCAUUGAGGAAUCUGGAGAGCACAUCAUAGCCGGAGCCGGAGAACUGCAUUUGGAGAUCUGCCUGAAGGAUCUGGAGGAGGAUCACGCCUGCAUUCCCAUCAAGAAAUCCGAUCCAGUCGUGUCUUACCGGGAGACUGUUAGUGAGGAGUCGGGAACGUUGUGCCUUUCCAAAUCGCCCAACAAACACAACCGCCUGUACAUGAAAGCCCGCCCCUUCCCAGAUGGCCUGGCCGAAGACAUCGACAAGGGGGAUGUCUCAGCCCGCCAGGAGCUGAAGCAGCGGGCCAGGUACCUGGCCGAGAAAUACGAGUGGGACGUGGCUGAAGCCCGUAAGAUCUGGUGCUUCGGCCCCGACGGCACCGGUCCCAACAUCCUGACCGAUAUCACCAAGGGAGUGCAGUACCUCAACGAGAUCAAGGACAGCGUGGUGGCCGGCUUCCAAUGGGCCACAAAGGAGGGGGCCCUCUGCGAGGAGAACCUGCGUGGGGUCCGCUUUGACGUGCACGACGUCACCCUGCACGCCGACGCCAUCCACCGUGGGGGCGGCCAGAUCAUCCCCACAGCCCGGCGAUGCCUCUACGCCUGCAUGCUGACCGCUCAGCCCCGCCUCAUGGAGCCAAUCUAUCUGGUGGAGAUCCAGUGCCCUGAACAAGUUGUGGGUGGCAUUUAUGGCGUCCUGAACAGGAAACGAGGCCACGUCUUUGAAGAGUCCCAGGUGGCUGGCACCCCCAUGUUCGUGGUCAAGGCUUACCUGCCUGUGAACGAAUCUUUUGGUUUCACGGCCGACUUGAGAUCCAACACCGGAGGCCAGGCUUUCCCACAGUGCGUGUUCGAUCACUGGCAGAUCCUCCCCGGGGAUCCCUUCGACAGCACCAGCCGCCCUUCUCAAGUGGUCAGCGAGACACGGAAACGCAAAGGGCUGAAAGAGGGCAUCCCCGCGCUGGAUAACUUCCUGGAUAAAUUGUAAAGCCGAUCGAAUGAAAUAAUAACCGCAAUCAGAUCUUACAAACAAACAAAAAGAAUAAAUUUUAAAAAUGGCUGUUGUGGGACUCGAACUUUCAACUAGUGUUU